AAUUGUUUUGACAAUUAAUUGAUAACCACAGAUCCACGUGCUGGAAGUGAAAUGAAGGGCUAUAUUGUAAUAGUGCUUCUGUGUGCAUCCUCUGUGGAGUGCCAGCAAAGAGGUCUCUUUCCAGCCAUCCUCAACCUGGCCAGCAACGCUGACAUCUCCACCAACGCCACCUGUGGUGAAGUUCAGCCGGAGAUGUACUGUAAGCUGGUGGAGCACGUGCCACGUCACCGGCUCAGGAACCCGCAGUGCCGGACCUGCGACAGCCGAAGUGCCAACCUAAAAGAACGACACCCCAUCUCCAAUGCGAUUGACGGAACCAACCAUUGGUGGCAGAGUCCCAGCAUCAAGAAUGGCCGUCAGUUCCACUGGGUUACCGUCACUCUAGACUUGCGACAGGUCUUCCAGGUGGCCUACAUCAUCAUCAAGGCGGCCAACUCACCUCGGCCGGGGAACUGGAUCCUGGAACGCUCGAUGGACGGGGUGGAGUUCCAGCCCUGGCAAUACUACGCCAUCAGCGACGCAGAGUGCCUGUACCGCUACAACGUCACGCCCCGCCUGGGCCCCCCCACCUACAAGAGGGACGACGAGGUCAUCUGCACCUCCUACUACUCACGCCUUGUCCCUCUGGAGCAUGGAGAGAUACACACCUCCCUGAUCAACGGCAGACCGAGCGCAGACGACCUGACCCCGGAGCUGCUGGAGUUCACCUCCGCCCGCUUCAUCCGUCUCCGCCUACAGAGGAUCCGCACGCUCAACGCCGACCUCAUGACCCUCAGCUACCGCGACCCCAAGGAGGUGGACCCCAUCGUCACGCGCCGGUACUACUACUCCAUCAAGGACAUCUCCGUGGGUGGCAUGUGCAUCUGUUACGGACACGCUCAGAGCUGCCCCUGGGACCCGCUCACCAAGAAGCUGCAGUGUGUGUGCGAGCACAAUACGUGUGGGGAAAGCUGUAAUGAGUGUUGCCCGGGAUACCAUCAGCAACCGUGGCAACCUGGAACGCUGUCUGUAGGCAACACUUGCGAAAAAUGUAACUGCCACAACAAAGCGGAAGACUGCUACUACAGCCAGACGGUGGCUGUAGGCAGGAUGAGCAUGAACACGCAGGGGCAGUUUGUGGGCGGGGGCGUGUGUCUGAACUGCACCCAGAACACCGCCGGGGUGAACUGCGAGACCUGCUCGGACGGCUUCUACAGACCGCAUAAGAUGUCACCGUACGACGAGUUCCCUUGUGUCGAGUGUUUGUGCGACCCCCACGGGUCUCUGACUCUCAACUGCAUCAAGGACGAGAAGCACGCCAAGCCGGAGAAAGGUUUGCAUGCCGGCCAGUGUCUGUGUAAGGAGGGAUUCACCGGCGAGCACUGUGACCGAUGUGCGUUCGGCUACAGAGACUUCCCCCUGUGCACGCGCUGCAACUGCAGUCUGGACGGCAGCCUCAACAUCGACCCCUGCUCAGACUGCGUAUGCAAGGAUAAUGUCAUGGGAGCAGACUGUGACCUCUGCAAACAGGGCUUUUACAACCUGCAGGGGAGCGACCCAGAGGGAUGCACCGAGUGCUUCUGUUUCGGGGUGUCUGACGUCUGCGAGAGCACUCUGUGGUCCACUGUUCAGGUGGUCGCCAAGGACGUCUGGCUGCUUCCCACGGCUCAUAGCGACUCCAUCUACUCCCCCCCCCUCAUGGACGAGGACAACCACAUCACCCUCGUCAACGUCACAGGAAGCAGAACCUCCCACUUCCUGUCCUCCUGGGCCGCUCCCGAUCGCUUCUUGGGGAAUAAGCUGCCGUCAUACGGAGGCUUCCUGAACUACACCGUGUCAUACGACAUUUCCGUGGAGAACGUGGACAAGUCUCUUCCCUCUCACUUUGAUGUCGUUAUUGAGGGGAAUGGGAGAGCCCUGCGGCAGGUAGCCCCCCAGCAGCUCCUGUUGACUCCCCUGACGGAGAAGCGCGUCGCCUUGGAGCUGGUGUCGCGGAACUUUCUGGAUGUCCGCACGAGCCGGGCGGUAGAGCGGGACGAGCUGAUGACCGUCCUCGCCAACAUGGCCAGGCUUGUGAUCCGAGCGCACUUCAACACCAGCUCAGAGGGGCCGCUGAGGCUUAGAGUUGUAUCUUUGGACAUGGCAGACCCCAACGCCGCCACUCCGAAACAUGCCCUCGCUGUUGAGCAGUGCGAAUGCCCCUGGGGCUAUUUGGGGACAUCUUGCGAGUACUGCACCUCUGGAUUUUAUCGCGUUGACGGGAUUCUGUUCGGCGGGAACUGUCUCCAGUGUGAAUGCAAUGACCACGCCUCCGAGUGCGACACCAAUGGAGUCUGCCGGGACUGUACGCACAACACCACCGGGGCUCACUGUGACCAAUGUCUGCCCGGUUUCUAUGGCGACCCCACUGAGGGCACACCAGAGGACUGCCAGCGAUGUGCCUGCCCACUGACUGUGGAGUCUAACAAUUUCAGCCCCACCUGCCAUCUGAACGGCCCAGGAGAAGUGAUAUGCGACCAGUGCCAGCGAGGAUACACGGGCGCCUGGUGUGACAGGUGUGCUAACGGGUAUUACGGAGACCCCACGAUAGCCGGGCGGGGCUGUGAUGUGUGCCAGUGCAACAGUAACGUGGACCCCCAGGAGCCAGGCCACUGCGACGAGAGGACCGGGGAGUGCCUGAAGUGUGUGCGGCACACGGCCGGCCGCCACUGCGAGAGGUGCCGGGACGGCUACUUCGGCGACGCCAUCGUCGCCAAGGACUGCCAGGCUUGCGGUUGCCAUGGGAACGGUUCCUACUCCGCGAUCUGUAACGUGACGACAGGGCGUUGCGACUGCAAACCCAAUGUGGUGGGGGAAAAAUGUGAUCGCUGUCAGGCGGGGUACCACGGUCUCCUGAGUGGGGCAGGGUGCGCGGCGUGUAACUGCAGCCAGGCGGGGUCGCAGUCCACAGAGUGCGACGAGGAGGGAAGGUGUCGCUGCAUCCCAGGAGUGACCGGGGAUAAGUGCGACCGCUGUCAGCACGGCUACUACGACUUCCAGGACAGCGGCUGCACGGCAUGCGAAUGCGCCCACACCCACGGCAACUGUGACUCGGAGACAGGAGAGUGUAUCUGCCCCUCUCACACCUGGGGGCCCAAGUGUGAGCUCUGUGAGGACGACCACUGGGGCCACAACACAGUUACAGGGUGCAAGCCCUGUGACUGCAGCACGGCCGGCUCCUCCCUGACCCGGUGUGACCUCCUCAGCGGUCAGUGCCAGUGCAGCCCCGGGUUCACCGGCCAGAAGUGCAGCAGCUGCGCCGUGGGCUACAAGGCCUUCCCAGAAUGCACUUCCUGCAACUGCAACGCCAACGGCACGCGGGAGGAGUUCUGCGACGAGAAGCUGGGCGUGUGUGGCUGUGAGGACGACUGUGUGUGCAAGGACAACGUGGGAGGACCUGGCUGUGACGAGUGCAAGGUGGGGACGUUCGGCCUGGCCUCACACAACCCGGCAGGGUGCAGCCCCUGUUUCUGUUUCGGGGUGUCAACGGACUGCGAGGAGCUGGGAGGCCUGGUCAGAGCUGAAAUCACAAUGGGUGCGGAACUGGAGCCCCUACGAGUGGUCAGUCAGAGCAACCUGACCGGCACGCUGGAAGGUGUCUUCCUGCAUGACUCUGAUGUUCUGCUGGACGUCAGCCUGGUGCAGAGCUCCACACUAACCGGGCCUUACUACUGGAGACUGCCUUCCAGAUUCCAGGGCAACAAGCUGCUGUCGUACGGGGGCAAGCUGAGGUACACGGUCGUGUUCUUUGCUCUGGACGGUUCCGGUCUGGUCAAUUUCGAGCCUCAGGUGCUCAUCAGAGGGGGUCAUCAGAGAAAGCUGGUGAUCUACCUGGACAUGCCUACUCCAGAAAACGGGGCGAAGACCAGCCAGGAGGUCCCACUGAUCGAGCACAAGUGGAAGUAUUUCAAUUCCGUGUCGGACCAAGCCGUCAGUCACUCGGACUUCAUGUCCGUGCUGAGUAACGUGGAGUACGUGAUCGUCAAGGCCUCGUACGGGAGUGGGAUGCAGCAGAGCAGGAUCUCCAACAUCUCAUUGGACACGGCGGUGGAGGCGGAGGAGGGGCCGGUGGGUGCGGAGCAGGCUCGGUUCAUCGAGACGUGCGAGUGCCCCUCAGGAUACGCGGGCCUGUCCUGCCAGGAGUGCGCCCCUGGUUAUCACAGAAAGCCAAUGUCAGAGCUGAAUCUCAGAAUCCCACGCCCCCUCAUCCAGCCCUGUGUGCCCUGCCAAUGCAACAACCACAGCCAGUCCUGCGACCUGGACACUGGGGAAUGCCAGGGCUGCCAACACAACACAGCAGGGUAUCACUGCAACCUGUGCACCCCGGGGUAUUAUGGGAUAGUGGAGGGGUCUAUCAGCGACUGCUCCCUCUGUGCCUGUCCUCACGGCAACAAAAAGAGCUUCAGUCCCUCUUGUGUCCUCGAGGGCAGAGACGACUACCGCUGCGAUGCCUGCCAGCCUGGCUACGAGGGACAGCAUUGUGAGAGGUGUUCGGUGGGUUACUAUGGAAACCCCACGGAGCCCGACGGCCGGUGCCAGCCGUGCCGGUGCAGUCCGGCCGGGUCUGUGCACCCCCGCUGCGACACCCUGACGGGACGGUGCGAGUGCAAGCCGGGCGUGCGCGGUCACCUGUGCGAGGACUGCGAGGAGAGGCAUGUCCUGUCCGGAGACCAGUGCGUCUCCUGCAAUAACGACUGCACUGGGGUGCUGUUGGACAGUCUGGAUGGUUUGGAGAAGUCGGUCGAGUCCUUCAACUUUACAGGGAUCAUUCUAGCCCCUUACAGUCUGCUGCUGUCCCUGGAGAACGACACCCAGGAGGUCAAGGCUUUGUUGUCCCCGGAGAUGAGCCCCAGCUAUUUGUUGAGCGCAGCGGAGAAGCAGUUGGAAAAUGUUUCCAAAGACAUCGAUCUCCUGCAACAAAAGACAACCCAAACAUAUGGAGUUGCUGAAGAUUUGUCCGAGUCCACAGAGCAGAAGCUCACACGGGGAAAACUUCUACUAGAAUUCAUUGCCAAGGUCCAGGCAGCCACACAAGCCCUGGAGGAGGCGUCCAACAGCCUGAAUGAAACUCUGGAAGGCGAGCUGGUGGGGAACAGCACCCAGCUGGUGGACCAGGUGCUGCACCUACUGGAGACCAUGCGGGGCAUGGAUCUCUCGUACUGGACUGCCACAGCCUCUGACGAACUGAGUGCUGCAUCGUCCAUCUUACAGCAGGCACUGAAGGACUUCCACAAGCCCCAUCAGGCUACCAGAGAUCAGGCUGAGACCGUAAGCAACGUGCUAUCGGAUAAGUCCCUCCGGCUGCAGGAGGCCCAAGCCCUUCUGGCCACCGCCAAUACCAACAACAACCGUACCACACAGCUGCUGCAGAUGGCCUCUGACUACCUUAAAGACUUCCACGACCAGAGGGGGAACGUGAGCUAUCUGAGCCAGGAGGCAACAGCUGACCUGGACGAAGCUCAGGACAUCCUGGGUGAUGCUGUCAACAUGGUGGAGGAUUUGGUGAACGUCACUUCUCAGUUGGAAGGUGCCCGGGACGAGCUGGAGAUGUGGAAUCCGGCUCUGAGGAAGCAGGUGGACACCCUGGUGAUGCAGAUGAAGAUGAAGGAUGUUCUGGAGCUGGUGUACAGUGCAGAGGACCAUGCUGAGGAGCUGAGCAUAGAGGCCCGGUCUCUGGAGAGCUCUCUCUCGGACGUGCGGAACAUCUCUCUGAACGCCACCAGCGCCGUACACGCCAACUCUAACAUUCAAUCUGACAUCCAGGAGGCAGAGAGCAGGGCACAGGCCGCCAUUGCCUUAGCCACAGCUGCAUUCAACCUGACGGUGGCGGCAGGCAGUUCUGUCAGCGACCUGGGUAUUCGGGUUCUGCGGCAAAGCACUGAGAUCCUGGAGGAGGGUGUUAUUCUAAGCAAUAACACUGUUGGCCUCAUGGCGAAUAUGAGCGCAGCUAAAGAGCAGCUGAACUCCACCAGAGGGAGCUUCUCCAACAUCAGUAGGCGCUUUGCAGAGACCUCAGCUGUCCUCCGGAACAUGCCCAACGGCACCAGAGAGAAGGUCCUGGAGGCUAAGGAGCGGGUAGCCGCGGUCAACGUAUCCGUCCAAUCGGCCCUGAGGCGGCUGGAGGACGUCAGUCAGAAGCUGGAGGAGACGUCUUUAGCCGUGGAGCGGGCGAACGCCAGCGUGAAGAGUGCCAACGAGUUGGUCAGCGCUUCGGAGGAGACAACGAACGCGGCGGAGUCAAAGCUGCGGGAAGCGGAGACGCGGGCCGAGGGCCUCUUCGACCGUCUCAAGCCCCUGAAGACCCUGGGAGACCACCUGAGUAGGAACCUCUCCGAGAUCCGGGAACUGAUCAAGCAGGCCCGCAAGCAGGCCGCCUCGAUUAAAGUGGCGGUGUCGGCAGAGGGGGACUGUGUGAGAGUCUACCGGCCCGAGGUGACCUCCAGUAACUACAACACCCUGACGCUGACAGUGAAGACCACCGAGGCAGACAACCUCCUGUUCUAUAUGGGCAGCAGCUCCAGCGUGGAUUUCAUGGCACUGGAGAUGCGUCGUGGGAAGGUAGCAUUCCUGUGGGACGUGGGCUCCGGACACGCUAAACUGGAGUACCCCGAUAUCCAGAUCAACAACAACAAGUGGCACCGUAUCCAUGCCACCAGGUUCGGAAAGCAAGGCUCGCUGACCGUGCAGGAGCUGAAAUCAGAUGAGAACCCAGUGGUGAAGACCACCUCGCCUGGAUCUGCCACAGUGCUGGACGUGAACAAGUCCACGUUGAUCUUUGUCGGCAGCCUGGGUGGCCAGAUCAAGAAAUCUGCAGCUGUGAAGAUGACACAGUUCAAGGGCUGCAUGGGUGAAGUUUCCCUUAAUGGAAAGGACAUCGGUCUGUGGAACUACAUAGAGAGAGAGGGGAAAUGCGGAGGCUGUUUCAUGAGUCCGCAGGCAGAAGAAACCUCGUUCCACUUUGACGGGAGCGGAUACUCUGUGUUGGAGAAGCCCCUCCGCUCCACGGCCACCCACAUCAUCAUUCUCUUCAAGACCUUCGCACCCAAUGGCCUACUGCUGUACCUGGCCUCCAAUGGCACGAGAGACUUCUUGUCCAUUGAACUGGUGGAAGGGAAAGUGCGGCUUACCUUCGAGCUGGGAUCAGGACCGCUCACCCUCACCACUACAAAAGCCUACAACACCGGCAGCUGGUAUAAAAUCGCUCUGCAGAGGAACAAGCGCAAAGGUUACCUGUCAGUGAUGGCCGCCUAUGCCCCCACAGAGAGAGAGACUGUCGAGGGUGAAUCUCCUGGAACAGCCUCUGACCUAAACCGUUCUGACCGGGACCCCAUAUACAUCGGUGGACUCCCCAGCUCUAGACCAAUCAGGAGGCAGGUUGUUGCACGGUCCUAUGUGGGCUGUAUUAAAAACAUGGAGAUUGCACGCUCAAACAUCGACCUGCUGAGAGAUGCGUAUGGGGUCAGGAAAGGCUGCGUUCUACAGCCAAUCCGCAGUGUCACCAUCUUGAAAGAGGGCUUCUUGGAGUUGCCUCCCCUGGCUUUGGGCCCUCAGAGCGAGCUCAUGGCCACCUUCUCCACCCGCAAUGACACGGGCAUUAUCCUGGCCGGCUUCAACAAGGCAGGAGGCCGUAAGCGGAGACAGACGCGACAGCCCUUCCUAGUGGUCAUGCUGGUACAUGGUCAUUUGGAGGUGCACCUGAACGCAGCAGAGGGUGGGAAUGUUCACAAGGUUGUAGUCAGAUCUGAAUCUGGUACAUUCAAUGAUGAACAUGAUCACUCAAUCAUACUGCAGAGGAACAAGAGAGUAAUAACUGUGCUGGUGGAUGAAGGCCAUCAGGGCACGGUGAAGCUUGGCGCAGCAUCAGAGAAGACCUCUCUGACUCUGUCCAGUCUCUUCAUGGGAGGGGUACCACCAGGAGAGGGCGCCGGUCUGCUGAAGACCACCAAGUCAUUCUACGGCUGCAUCAAGGACAUAGCUUUGAACGCGGAACUGCUGGACUUGUCCAGUGCUCUGCGGUACCAGAAUGUGGACAUGGACAGCUGUCUGUUAGAGGAGAGGCCCAAGCGUAUGGUUCUGCCGGAUGACGGCGACCUGGAACCCGAGCCUACCCCUGGUCCUGUCCAACCACCGGCAGUGGCCUCUACGGCACAAAGCACCCUCCCACUGGUGCCUGCCACAUGUGGAGCUGCAGACCAGACAGGAACCAUCCCAGAAGCCCAUCAGUUUGGCCUCUCUCGACACAGUCACAUGAUAAUUAAAAUCAGUCACCAGUCAGUCAGGAAAAGCUUCUCCAUCCAGCUCUCAGUGCGUACCUUUGCACCCAGUGGCCUGCUCUUCUACAUGGCCAAUCCCAACCAGGUGGACUACGCCACUCUUCAGCUGCUGGGGGGCCGGCUCUUCUUCACCUGCGACCUGGGGAAGAGUUCUGCCACCGCCACGCUCCCCGACCCUAUCAACGAUGGCCAAUGGCAUAGCGUUAAGGCGGUCUUCGGGAAGAAAACGGUGACGGUUAGCGUGGAUGGCCAGGAGUCUGCCCAAGCACACGCGAAGGGAAAGGCCAGCACCUUGGACGUGGAGGGCAAAUUCUACCUGGGAGGAUUGCCCCAGGAGUACACAGCCAAAAAUAUCGGAAACGUGACGCACAGCCUGGCUGGGUGUGUGAGGAACGUGAUGCUGAACAAAGUGUCGCUGGACACACAGAGACCUGUCUCAGCCCACCAUACCUCGUCCUGCUUCACUGAGGCCCAAGACGGCACCUUCUUCAACGGGACCGGAUAUGCUGCAUUCGUGAAAGAGGGGUACAAAGUUGGCUCAGACGUGGCAGUGGGGCUGGAGUUCCGCACCACAGAGCAGAAUGGUGUUCUGCUCGGGAUCAGCAGUGCAAAGGUGGAUGCCAUUGGGCUGGAGCUGGUCAAUGGACAGGUGGUCUUCCACGUGAACAAUGGAGCCGGGCGGAUCUCUGCCACCUACACGGCCAGGGGAGCGGCGCCGGUGUGUGACGGCCGCUGGCACACCCUGCUGGCCAACAAGAACAAGUACGGCCUGAGCCUGUCAGUGGACGGGUCCAUGGUCCACACAGACAACCCGCACUCCCAGUCCACCUCCGCGGACACCAACGACCCUGUCUACGUGGGAGGCUACCCGGGCGAGGUGAAACAGAACUGCCUGACGGCCAGCACUCCGUUCCGAGGGUGCAUGCGUAAAUUCCGCCUCAUUAAGGGUCACCAGAGCGACGCCCACGACUUCAGCACCGCUUUCCAGCUCCGAGGAGUCUUCCCACAUUCCUGCCCUGGACGGACACAUUAACAUUUCCCAAACGCUCCCAAGCCUUUCCCUUUGUAAUCUUUGUAAAGAAAUUAAAUGACUUUUUAAGAAAAGCAAGUAUUUUUUAAUUUGUAAUUUUUUUUAUGAUUCUGGUGAAUGUGAUGUGUAUGCAUUUUGAGACUCAUGCCUUGUUUGAUAGAAUUCAUUUUAUGCAUUCAUGUGGAAUGUCUUAGAAUAUUUGUUAAUAAAAUCCAAUUAAAUUA